AUGAGCAAGCUUAACGCAAACGCUUUCUCUUUCGUACCCGGCCAGGGUUUCCGGAUCCCUCAGCAGCAGCAGCAGCCUCAGCAGGCUGCACAACCGCCCCCUCAGCCCGUUGAGCGUCCCCCACAGACCCAAGCACCUCCACCGCCUCCAACUAUUUCCCUGAACAUCGGUGGUUCUAAGUCGGCACCUCUCCCAACUGCCGCGCCCUCACCACCUGCUACCAUCUCUCUGAACAUCGGUGGAUCCAAGCCCGCCGCUUCUCCCGCUCCUGCUCCUUCCCCCACACCAGCCCGUGCACCACCAUCGAAAUCAGAAGAGCCUGCUAAAGUGGCACCUGCACCCGCCUCCACCUCUGCUUCUAAUGCUACCAACUCCAAAUCAUUCACGCUCGAGCGCGCAAAGACGGAUUCCGCUGCGAUCGCAGAUGAAGUCAAGAAAGCCGUCGACGAAGAGGUCUUGAAAGAUCUCUACGGUCAUAUCAAGGAGCACCUGAACAUCGUCUUCAUCGGUCACGUCGAUGCCGGAAAGAGUACGAUGGGAGGCCAGCUUCUCUUCCUCUCCGGCAUGGUCGACAAGCGGACGAUGGAAAAGUACGAGCGCGAGGCCAAGGAAGCCGGCCGAGACUCCUGGUACCUCUCCUGGGCACUCGACUCGACCCCGCAGGAGCGCGCGAAGGGCAAGACCGUCGAGGUCGGCCGUGCAUACUUCGAGACCGACACCCGCCGAUACACGAUCCUCGACGCCCCCGGUCACAAGACUUACGUACCGUCCAUGAUCUCUGGAGCAGCUCAGGCAGACGUCGCGAUCCUUGUCAUCUCCGCCCGUAAGGGCGAGUUCGAGACUGGAUUCGAGAAGGGCGGCCAAACGCGCGAGCACAUCAUGUUGGUCAAGACGGCUGGCGUGCAGAAGGUCGUGGUCGUGAUCAACAAGAUGGACGAGUCGACGGUGGAGUGGUCGAAAGCGCGGUACGACGAGAUCAAGGACAAGCUCACGCCGUUCAUCAAGGCAGCCGGCUUCAAUGUCAAGAAUGACGUUACCUUCAUCCCCGUCUCCGCAUACACCGGUCUCAACUUGAAGGAACGUGUCCCUAAGGACGUUGCACCUUGGUGGGAUGGUCCCUCCCUGCUCGAGCACCUCGACAAAAUGCCCAUGGUCGACCGAAAGAUCCACGCGCCUCUGAUGAUGCCCGUGUCCGAAAAGUACAAGGACAUGGGCACGAUCGUCGUCGGCAAGAUCGAGUCCGGCCAUUUGCGCAAGGGUGACACGCUCCUGCUCAUGCCCAACAAGAACACGGUCGAGGUCUCCGCAAUUUACAACGAGGUGGAGGAUGAGGUUAAUGACGCGUUCUGCGGCGACAACGUCCGCAUCCGUCUCCGCGGUGUCGACGACGAGGACAUCAGUCCUGGCUUCGUCCUCACCAGCCCAUCGAACCCCAUUCACGCCGUGCGCCAGUUCGAGGCGCAGCUCGCGAUAUUGGACCACAAGAACAUCAUCUGUGCGGGCUACUCGGCAGUCAUGCACUGUCACACUCUUGCGGAGGAAGUUACUCUCGCUCAACUUCUUCACUACUUCGACAAGGCGACCGGCCGCAAGUCGAAGAAGCCGCCGCAGUUCGCGAAGAAGGGCCAGAAGAUCGUCGCGCUCAUCGAGACCGUGCAGCCCGUAUGCGUAGAGCGCUUCGCUGAUUAUCCGCAGCUGGGCCGCUUCACGCUCCGAGACGAAGGCAAGACAAUCGCUAUCGGCAAGGUCACAAAAAUACACGACUCCGGCAUCGAUGAGGCCGCAGAGGGCGUUGCGAACCUCAACGUCUAAGGCCCGAGUACUUGCGUUCUUGUUGACCUCCGGCGAAGACGUGAAAAGGUAUAGAAUCGGCAGUUGACCGCCCGAUGCAUUCACGGUGCCAUUGUAACGAUACUCUGUAACGCCAGCCCUGCUUUCCGACGCGCCCGCCGCAAACGAUGAUGUAGCAUCCCCAGCCAGCGAUUGUAUAAUAUCGAGAGUGCAACUGGUUCCUGCUAUGCUAUUAU